AUGGCUGUAAAGGCGGAUGCGCAGGCGGAGCAACUGGAUACGGCUAUGCUUCGCCUUAUCGCUGGUGUUUCCAAGCAGGUUGACGAGGCGGUGGCAGCAACGGUGUUCAGCAACAAUGAAGCUGCGAAAAGGGUGAUAUUCAGCCCUGACUCUGAUCUUCGUCAACGGGUUGUUGCUUCCAUUCAAAAGUUGGCUAAAGGUCUUCUUGAGCGAGACGUGGAGGCGUGUUCUAAGCUUGGCUUGUUUCCUGCGCCGGUAACUGACAAAAUGCAAACCAACGGCCACUCUGCAGGCACGGCCAAGUCGGAACUGUCAGCCCGGUUGUCCUCUCUUUGCGGUGGUACUUACUUCGAGCGUUUGUUGACCCGUUUUUCCGUGCCGGAGGAGCUUUUCGGGCCCCUGUCCAUGAAGGGGCUGGAGAAUGACCUGUACGUGCGGCAGAUCAACGGCUACCUGCCAACCGCUGAAGUAGCGUUCGUGGACGAGAUUUUCAAGGCGAACUCCGCCAUUCUGAAUGCGUUACUGACGCUGCUGAACGAGCGCCUCUUCGACAACGGCAACCAGCGCUUGCAUGCCCCUCUGCUGUGCCUGGUUGGUGCUUCCAACGAGAUGCCCGAGAGCGAGGAGCUGGACGCGCUGUAUGAUCGCUUCCUCAUCCGUCGUACGGUAUCGCAGGUCUCCAACAACCAGUUGUACAAGCUGGCUCGCCUGGCCGCCGGUCGUAACGACCAUGCCCUGACCGGCGUCACGAUAGCUAACGGUAACGGGGGCGGCAGUGAAGCUGUACAGCAGCAGGUCCUGUCCAUGGACGACUUCCGAGGUACGGCCACCACCGCAUACUCUGCUGUGGACGUGCCUGACUCGGUCAUCGAUCUGCUGACCGGCCUCCGGAACCACCUGCAGGCGGCUGGGGAAGAAUGGGGUCCGGAUAAAUGUGAGCCGCCCAUGUACGUCUCCGACCGCCGCUUCAUGAAGGCGAUCCGCAUGCUGCAAGUUGCGGCUUACGCUGACGGCCGCGAUCAGGUCAACGAGUACGAUUGUCUGAUGCUGGAACACGUGUUUGGCAACCGGCCUGAUGACGGUGUGAAGGUUCGUCAACAGGUUCUGGACAUGGUGGCGGCUGACCCAGGGCUGCAGCAGGCCGAGUUGGUGCUUCUGGGACUGUUUGGACGCACCUGCCGCCUGCUUGAGGGUCCUGAGGAUGCCGCGGAGUUGGCCGCUGCCUCAGCGGAGGUCGCGCAGCUAGUGGAUCUGCUCAGUAGCCGUCACGCGGCAUUGGCCGCCAACCUAGAGGGCAAUGGCUUUCCAGAGUUGCGGGCGACACUGUGGCAGGCGGAGGCCAGUGUGGCGGCUGCAGUGCAGGCACUCGUGCCACAGAUGACGGAGAACCGCAAGAAGGUGGAGGACCUACUCCGCGAGGCCCAGACCCUGGCGGCUGUGCUGCGUACCCCCUCGGCUAGUGCACCCCUCCUGGAGCGGCUAUUGCCCAAACGCUUUAAGCAGUACCAGAAGGGCAUCAGUGCCAAGGUUUAA